AUGGAUGAUGAGGAAGCAGAUUUGCGCGAACAAAUAUUUCAUAAUAAUGUUCGGGAGCAAAUUAUAUUCCUGCUUUUGUUUAUACUGCUUUACCUCUUCUCGUUCAUGUUAAUUGAAAAAUUUCGACGGCGAGACAGCGAGGAUUAUUUUACAGCAGACGAAGAUGAGGUGAAGGUUUAUCGCAUCAGCUUGUGGCUCUGCACGUUUGCAUUGGCCGUGUCAUUGGGUUCAGCACUCUUGUUGCCUGUAUCAAUUGUCAGCAAUGAAGUGCUUAUUUUGUAUCCCAAAAGUUAUUAUGUCAAAUGGCUAAAUAGCUCUUUAAUACAGGGUUUAUGGAACCAUGUAUUUCUAUUUUCAAAUUUGUCAUUGUUUGUGUUCCUGCCAUUUGCCUACUUGUUUUCGGAAUCAACUGGAUUUCCUGGAUGCCGUGGGCUCAAAGGCAGGGUGUAUGAAACAUUCAUAGUUUUGAUUUUACUUGGAAUUGGCAUGCUGGGACUAGCAUAUGUAAUAUCUGCGUGGUUGAAGGGUGACCGUUCUGGCAUAGACGCAUUACUUAAUCUAUGGACGUACCUACCGUUUCUAUAUUCAUGUGUUUCAUUCGUCGGCGUAUUGAUGUUGUUAGUAUUUACGCCCCUGGGUUUCGUGAGACUUUUCGGUGUUGUUGGAGGCGUGCUCGUGAAACCGCAGUUCUUAAGAGAUCUGAAUGAAGAGUAUUACGUCUGCUCAUUUGAAGAGGACACAACGAGAAGACGCAUUAACAAUUCACUGGGUACAGGCGCCAGCUACAUAUCGCCGGAGCCGAUGUGUCCAGACCGGGGAGAUAUUUCGGCGCCUUUAAACCUCAGUACGUCUGAUGUCAAGGACAGUAAGAUUUUUCAAGCGGAUGGCAAAGAAAUACCCCUUCUGCGGCUCAGGAACGGUGCCUUACAAGUCGGUCUCAAUGAGAGAUUGCAGAGGAUUGUAACCAUGAGAAAGGAAGUCGAGAAUAAACGUAAAACAUCAUCGCUACAACGAAACGUGGUUUACCCGCUUGCAAUGUUGUUGCUAUUGGCCCUCACCACGAUAACCGUUCUAAUGGUGCUUCAGAAUACCCUGGAACUCCUCAUAGGGAUCAAAGCAUUGCCCUUGAGCACUCGACAAUUCACGUUAGGUAUCGCGUCUUUGUCGAAGCUCGGCUGGGCGGGUGCGACCCUUGAAGCCUUUCUAAUACUAUAUCUUCAUGCGGCAUCUCUCACCGGCCUGUGUACUCCGAUGCGAGCUCUGCGUGUUCUUCCUCGCGCAAGAAGAACUCCACUGACUCGUAUUAUAGCGUUGUGUGCUGUACUUCUAGUGCAUUCUACUGCACAGCCCUUACUAGUUAAGAUUCUUGGUAUAACAAACUUCGAUUUACUUGGUGAGUUCGGCCGUAUAGAAUGGUUGGGGAGCUUUAAACUAGUACUGCUUUACAACGCGAUAUUCGCAUCCACUGCCAGUCUAUGCCUCAUCAAUAAGUUCACGGCCAGUGUUCGUCGAGAACUGUACAACAGAGUCAAAUGGAUAAUUGACCUUUUUACAAUAACUGAGGAUGCACCACCAAGUUCAAGGAAUUCCAGACAUUCAACUGAGCGUUCUAUUACUGAAAAGACUGAAAUAUAUCCAGGUAAUUUAGAAAAAAGUAAAAUAUUGUAA